AUGCUGGAUGGUGCUGAGGACAAGAUACUAGUGUCAAGCAGCUCUGUUUUUCACGAUGGCAUGGUCUCUGUGCUCGCGCUGGCUGCCCCCAGACCCCUGCGGUCACCCCACUUCUCUGCGCCUUGGACGCAACUCGGCCAGCUGGGGUGCCUCGCUGCGGCACAAACCGGCCUUCCCAGCAACUCCCAGCGCCCGGGACCCCAGCCCGCAGGCUUGCCCGCUCGCCCGCGGGCCGCACAGGUCCCCAGAGCCGGGCCUAGGGCGGGCAGCGGCUGGGCGUGGGUGGGCUGGGCUUGGCGGCUUCCCGUGGCCGUGGCCAGCUGGCAGGAUGGCUCUGGCCAGGAGAAGUACCGGCUCGUGGUGGUUGGCGGGGGCGGCGGGGGCAAGUCGGCGCUCACCAUCCAGUUCAUCCAGUCUUAUUUUGUGAUGGAUUAUGAUCCAACCAUCAAGGAUUCCUACACAAAGCAGUGCGUGAUAGAUGACAGAGCGGCCCGGCUAGAUAUUCUAGAUACAGCAGGACAAGAAGAGUUUGGAGCUAAGAGAGAACAGUAUAUGCGAACUGGCGAGGGUUUCCUGUUGGUCUUUUCAGUCACAGAUAGAGGCAGUUUUGAAGAAAUCUCCAAGUUUCAAAGACAGAUUCUCAGAGUAAAGGAUCGUGAUGAGUUUCCAAUGAUUUUAAUCGGUAACAAAGCAGAUCUGGAUCAUCAGAGACAGGUAACACAGGAAGGACAGCAGUUAGCAGGACAACUGAAGGUUACUUAUAUGGAGGCAUCUGCAAAGAUUAGGAUGAAUGUAGAUCAAGCAUUCCAUGAACUUGUCCGGGUUAUAAGGAAAUUUCAAGAGCAGGAAUGUCCCCCUUCACCAGAACCAACGUGGAAAGGAAAAGACAAGAAAGGCUGCCCUUGUGUCAUUUUCUAAGAAUCCCUUGAGUUAUAGCUACCAACUGCCA